CAGCAGAUACAACAGGAAUAAUAACGUUAUCAUAUCCUUGGAUUCUUCCCUUACAGAUCUCUCUUCGAAGAACAAACAAGAGCUCUGCAGAGACUCCAGAAUGCACCCUCUCCUUCCUGUCCUUGCCCUCCUCAUCGCCUCCUCCUUCUCCUCAGGUGUGCUGUCGACGACGUUUACCGUGACCAACAACUGCGGGUACACGGUUUGGCCGGGCGUCCUCUCCAACGCUGGCUCCUCUCCUCUCGCCACCACUGGGUUCGCCCUCGGCCCCGGCGAGUCCCGCAGCCUGGACGCCCCCGUCCCGUGGUCCGGCCGCAUCUGGGCCCGCAGUCUCUGCUCUGCUGACGUCACCGGCCGCUUCUCCUGCGCCACCGGUGACUGCGGCUCCGGCGCGGUCGAGUGCAACGGCAGCGGCGCGAAACCCCCGGCCACCCUCGGGGAGUUCACCCUCGGCGGCGCCGCCGCGAGAGACACGGACUUCUACGACGUCAGCCUCGUGGACGGCUACAACCUCCCGGUGCUGGUGGCGCCGCAGGGCGGGGCCGUCGGCGCGGGCCGCUGCGCGCUCACCGGGUGCACGGCGGACCUCAACGGGCUGUGCCCGGCCGAGCUGAGGGUGGUGGGGGCGGGCGGGCAGGUGGUGGCGUGCCGGAGCGCGUGCGAUGCGUUCAGGACGGAGCGCUACUGCUGCAGCGGGGAGUUCGGGACCCCGAACGCCUGCGGACCAACGGCGUUCUCGCAGCUGUUCAAGAACGCAUGCCCCCGGGCGUACAGCUACGCCUACGACGAUGCCACCUCCACGUUCACCUGCCCCACCGCCGCGACCGCCGGCUACGCUGUCACCUUCUGCCCCAGCAACACCAGCUUGCAGCCCAGAGGUGGAGCUCAGAACCCCAAGGCAGCAGGCUUGCCGCCGACGAACGAAACCAUGGUCUUCUUUGGCGCUGCAAAGCCGGCUGCUGACUCUCUCCUCCCCUAGCUUGCAGCUUGCUUGUCCUCCCACCUACUGCUGGUGCUCUCGCUAAUUCUCCAUUAACUAUAAAUCUAAGUAUUCUUUUUGACCAAGAUGGUUGGAUUGAUUUCUAUCUUUUCUUUCUUCUUGGCUCUGUAUUCUUUAAGCCAUACAUAUGAGCCAUGUGAAGUGUGGAGAUUGGUGUACUGGUAUAUGGUUUCUUUAAUGAGAACUUGGUGUACAAUUCAUUUUGUACUCAAUAUACAUGGCAU